AUGAAGAAGGGCAAAAGGAAGAAGCCAGACGCCAGACGCCGUGGCUCCAACUCGCAGCAUGGUAGCUCUGAAUCCACCUCUGCAUCCCCCAGCCCUGCACCCGCCCCUCAGCAGCCCAGCUCGGCACCCGCCCCUCAGCAGACCACCUCUGCAUCCACCUCUCAGCAGCCCAGCUCCGGAUCCACCUCACAGCAGCCUGAGUCCCAGGCUCUCCCAGGUCCAGAAAGCAGCCAGUCAGCUCGGGGCCUGCUGUGUCAGAAGCCUGGCACAAAAUCGUCCCCCGGAGCGAAGAAAACAGGGCCUCUGACUCGGGCAAGCCCGCACCCCUUCUGCUCCUGCUCCACUUGCCCCGGCAGCUCUGCUUGCUGGCGUCGUCUGGGCCUGUGCCACAGCCGCAUCUUCGAUGUCCUUCUGCCUCGGGCCUGGCCGACCAUGCCCGGGAGAGGAUUCCCAAACCUCCUCACCUUCUACAGGUUCUGGCUCGUGGGGCUGGACCCUCGGGGCGCUCGGUUCCCAUGGCCGGGCUUUGUCCUGACCAGACCAAGACCUGCGAGAAAACACACCGGUAAUCGAAAUGCGCGUGCUCCGAGCUCUCGGGACUGUAGCAGUGGCUCUGGGAGCCCUGGGAGCUGCUUAUUACACCAUUGA